ACAAAUUAAUUGCCGUAAAACCUCUUUUUUAAUUCACAUAUUCAGUCUCCUUUCCAACUAAAAGCAUUUUAUAAAGAGGAGUAAGAAACUAAUUGGUCUGUUAUCUCCCUCUAAUAAAGCACCAUUUAUUAACCAUACUUUAUUUUUUUCUCAAGUUCAUCAAUGGAGAGUGAACGAGGGAACUCAAGCAAACGCAUAGAACAAAAUGAAGUGUUGUUCGAUGAAGAUCCGAAAUCCGACUUGUCCUUCCACUACCUAUUGAUAUUUUUCCAAAAGUAUUACCCUUCCGGUUUUCUGAAAAAGGUGAUAGCAGAGAUAAUUGCGAGGUACCUAUUAGUGUUUGUGACAUGUGGUGCAGCAGCUCUUAGUGUGAGCGAUGAACACAAAGUGUCGAGGCUUGGAGCGUCCGUAGCUGGUGGACUCAUUGUCACUGUCAUGAUAUAUGCUGUUGGACAUAUAUCUGGUGCCCAUAUGAACCCUGCUGUUACCUUUGCUUUUGCCGCCAUUAGACAUUUCCCCUGGAGACAGGUACCAGUGUAUGCAGCAGCACAACUUACAGGAGCAAUAUCUGCUGCAUUUACGCUGCGUGUAUUACUUCAUCCAAUAAUUAAACAUGUGGGAACUACAACUCCCUCAGGCUCAGAUGUUCAAGCUUUAAUCAUGGAAAUUGUGGUCACCUUCUCUAUGAUGUUCAUCACCUCUGCAGUUGCCACAGAUACUAAAGCUAUCGGUGAGCUGGAAGGCAUAGCAGUUGGUUCGGCCGUAUGCAUUACUUCUAUCUUGGCGGGGCCAGUAUCAGGAGAAUCAAUGAACCCUGCUAGAACCAUUGGACCAGCAAUGGCUAGCAAUGAUUACAAAGCAAUAUGGGUGUAUAUCAUUGGACCAGUUUGUGGAACAUUACUUGGGGCAUGGUCCUAUAAUUUCAUCAAGGACACUGAUAAACCAGUACAAGCAAUAGCACCAGGACAGUCCUUCUCGUUUAAACUUACAAGAAUGAAGAGUAACCACGAUGAAGAACAAUGUGUAAACAAAGAACCUCUAAAAGAUUGAAGUUCUUGUAAUCCAAUUUCACCUUCUUCUUUUAUCCUCCUUUUUUAUGUUGUAAUUUCUAUUCUAGUACAUGUAUCAUAAUUUAUUUCUAAUUUUUCCUGCUCCCUAGUUCAUGAAUGAAACAAUGCAUGUAUCUAAGACAAUACAUUAACCUUCCUAAUUCGUGAACUAAGAUAGUCCAUGUUU